UUUAAAUUAUGCAAAAAAAUGUACUCUUCGAUAAAUUUAACGGCUACUUUAUGAUAAAUAAACGGAAAAUUUUUUAUGCCUACACUUGUUCUUACUUAAAAGCUAACGCUGCACUCGACUGUACCAUUACGUGCAGUAUUAUCACGGAAUAGAACUAUACCAUAUAAUUCUUCCUUAUAAUUAUUGUGGUAGUGGUAAAUGCACAUAUAUAUGUUUCCUUUCGUUUUUGAUAAUAGUUUAUAUCAUUGUCGCGCGAAUCGGAACAUAAUCUAGGACUUUGCAUCGAUUCACAUUCGUCGAAAUAUAUACCGCAGUGUACGUAUACGAUAAUACGAAAAACAUUACAUCCGUCACUUGAGUUGCAUUAUAUUUUACAAUGGCUGACGAAGAAUUUGAUAUUUGCGAGCGCAUAUGGAACCAUGAGCUAGCUAUGCAACGCCUACUUUCUAUCUUGAGGCAGAACCAAAAUUAUUGUACGGAUGACGAGUGUUACAGCCUGGCGCGAUUACCAGGACCAUCAGCCGCUCCGCCGUCCAACGAUUUCUUUAUGCCUUUCUUAAUUAUUGCAUUUAUGGUUCUCAUGUACGUCUUUCGACCGAAUUCACUUCGUCAGAUAAGGAACAAUAACGUUAAAGAUCGAGAUAACGAGCGUGAUUCAAGCGAUGAUCCUCCUGUACCCCCGCCAACAAUGCAAUAAGAAGUGCAAUACGAUAACCCGUUUUGAUAGUUAAAUCUACUGAGCUUACAGAAAAAGGAGGGAGCGAAGAGGGAAUAACAGUUCAAUUUAAUCGAUAUUAGUAUAUAUUUUAUUUGAUCCUAAGAAAAGUAACUUCCCAUAUAUACCUAAUAUUAUUGUAUUUAUAUUGUUUACGAGGUAUUCGCUUUUUUCUCUUUCUCUCUCUUUUUUUGUCGAAUUAUUAACGUCUAGCGCAUGACAAGAAUAUGUGACAAAAAAUUCUGCAAAAAUAUUUUUGUAAGAUACAAUAUACAAACGAAAGCAUAAUUGAAUCUCUGGUAUUGAUGUAUACGAGCGCAUUUGUUUGAAUAUUAUACCGAAUUGUGAUCGCUGAAUUAGAAUAAAAUUUGAUCGAGAUAUUAUAGUGCCUGCAUCUAACGUAAUAUCACGAAAAGUAUUUAAUGUAUUUUGAUAUUCGAUGGUAUUGCAACUAACAUGAGUAUUUAAAAUUCGAUAGUAAUAUUACAUGUGAUAUUUAUGUUAGUUUUAAUGAAAUUUCACUAGAAACAAGUACAUUGGAAUUUGAUACAUUAAAAUAAUGCAUAACAAAGCGAUGAUUCUCUAGUAAAGUCCAUUCCUUCUUUCCGAUUUAAUAGUAAAACUUCGUUAUAUGCACACGAUAUGUUAAAAUAUACGAAUUGAGCUAAUAUUUUAUAUUAACCAUUUAUAGUAUGAAACUUUAACACUCUAAAGGCAAUAGUGGGAAUGGUAGAAAAGUGUAUUAAAAAAGAAGAGUAUUAUAGUUAACUUGUUUCGAUAUUAAUUGAGAAAAUUAAGUAUUCAUAAGGUAAUUUAUCCAGAUUACAUCCUUUUAAUAGCACAAUUUAUGUGAGAGAGUUAACUUAAUUGAUUUUAUUGUAUAAAACAUCCGAUGAUAUUAUAUUAAUUAUAUGCGACGAAUACAAAACAUAGAUUAUGCGAUAAAUUAAACUUUUCCACUGUUGUACAUUUCUCUAUUACAUUUUUGACAAUAAAUAUUCUGCAUUACAUUUUA